GGUCAUCACAUGGAACCUCUUCAUCUCUCUUCUCUCUCUGCUUCUGCAUUCAGUGCCGGUCGGCUAAGACAGACGUACUGUUGCAUACUCGCACACGCACAUUUACUCGUUCAGUCCUUUCCACGCACAUUUACUCGUUCAGUCCUUCCACAUUGCAGGGAAACACAAAGCAGCCUUGCCUUCCUCUUUUGCUAUCUGCACCACUCGUGUCAUUUUUCCCAUUUCUCUUUUCCAUCUCAAAUCUAUCAGAAAUUGCCUGAAUAUGGCGUUUUCCUCUCUCCAUUCAUAGGCAUUUUCUCUUCUCAUCUUUCUCUGCCAUUUUCUCGGCAGGCAAUCGCAGAGUAAGCAUUGACUUGGACAGCACUGUAACAAAAUGUGGAAGCUGAAGACCGCCGAAGGAGACAAUCCGUGGCUUCGCACCACCAACAAUCACGUCGGAAGACAGGUUUGGGAGUUCGAUCCCAAGCUCGGUUCGCCAGAAGAACUCGCGCAGGUAGAAAAGGCCCGCGAGACCUUCGCCAACAACCGCUUCCGCCAAAAGCACAGUUCAGAUCUACUCAUGCGCAUUCAGUUUGGCAAGGAGAUUGCAGAUGGUGAAGUCUUGCCUCAAGUCAAAGUAAAGGAUACAGAAGAUGUUACAGUUGAGGCAGUAGCAAACACAUUAAGAAGGGCCAUCAGUUUCCAUUCAACUCUCCAAGCGCAUGAUGGACACUGGCCAGGGGAUUAUGGAGGUCCCAUGUUUCUUUUGCCUGGCUUGGUCAUUACUCUCUCUAUUACCGGGGCACUAAACACAAUCUUAUCAAAAGAACAUAAACGGGAGAUGUGUCGUUAUCUCUACAAUCAUCAGAACAAAGAUGGUGGGUGGGGUUUACACAUCGAGGGGCCGAGCACCAUGUUUGGUACUGUCUUGAACUAUGUGACUUUAAGGUUGCUUGGUGAAGAAGCUAAUGAUGGAAAUGGGGCAAUGGAGGAUGGGCGUACAUGGAUUUUGGAACAUGGUGGUGCUACUGCAAUAAUAUCAUGGGGGAAAAUGUGGCUUUCAGUACUUGGAGCAUUUGAAUGGUCUGGCAAUAACCCCUUGCCCCCUGAGAUAUGGAUUUUGCCUUAUGUCCUGCCUUUCCAUCCAGGAAGGAUGUGGUGUCACUGCCGAAUGGUCUAUUUGCCCAUGUCAUACUUAUAUGGGAAGAGGUUUGUUGGUCCAAUUACAUCAACAGUUCUGUCUUUGAGAAAGGAACUAUAUACUGUCCCCUAUCAUGAAAUAGACUGGAAUCAGGCACGCAAUCAUUGUGCAAAGGAAGAUCUAUAUUAUCCACAUCCCUUAAUACAAGACAUACUUUGGGCAUCUCUUCACAAGGUUGUUGAACCUAUUCUAAUGCGUUGGCCCGGGAAAAGGUUAAGGGAGAAGGCUCUUCGCAUGGUGAUUGAGCACAUACAUUAUGAAGAUGAGAAUACUCGGUAUAUAUGCAUAGGGCCCGUGAACAAGGUGUUAAAUAUGCUUUGCUGUUGGGUCAAAGAUCCAAACUCAGAAGCUUUCAAAUUACAUCUUCCAAGAAUCUUUGAUUAUCUGUGGAUCGCUGAAGAUGGCAUGAAAAUGCAGGGGUAUAAUGGAAGCCAAUUAUGGGAUGCUGCUUUUGCUGUUCAAGCAAUUAUCUCUACAAACCUUGUUGAAGAAUAUGGUCCAACUCUUAGGAAAGCACACACGUUCAUAAAAAAUUCACAGGUUUUAGAAGAUUGCCCGGGUGAUCUUGCAUCCUGGUAUCGUCACAUUUCCAAAGGUUGUUGGCCCUUUUCAACUGCAGACCAUGGGUGGCCCAUUUCAGACUGUACAGCAGAAGGAUUGAAAGCUAUUCUCUUAUUGUCCAAAAUUCCAUCAGAAAUUGUUGGUGAACCAUUAGAUGUGAAGCGGAUGUUUGAUGCUGUCAAUGUGAUCCUUUCCUGGCAGAAUGGUGAUGGUGGUUUAGCAACAUACGAACUCACAAGGUCCUACCCUUGGUUGGAGAAAAUCAACCCCGCUGAAACUUUUGGUGACAUUGUUAUUGACUAUCCCUAUGUGGAAUGUACCUCAGCAGCAAUUCAAGCCUUAUCAUCAUUUAGGAAAUUAUAUCCUGGGCAUCGGAGGGAAGAAAUAGAAGAUUGCAUUAGAAAGGCUGCUGUGUUCAUUGAAAAGCAACAAGUAUCAGAUGGUUCAUGGUAUGGCUCUUGGGGAGUCUGCUUUACCUAUGCUACAUGGUUUGGAAUAAAAGGAUUGGUGGCUGCUGGAAAGAACUUCAGUAAUUGCUUUAGCAUUCGUAGAGCAUGUGAUUUUCUGCUGUCUAAACAGCUUCCUUCUGGUGGUUGGGGGGAGAGCUAUCUUUCUUGCCAGAACAAGGUGUAUUCCAAUCUUGAAGGCAACAGAUCUCAUAUUGUAAACACUGGAUGGGCUGUGCUGGCUCUAAUUGAUGCUGGUCAGGCUGAGAGAGACCCGGCGCCAUUGCAUCGCGCUGCAAAACUGUUGAUAAAUUCCCAAAUGGAGAGUGGAGAUUUUCCACAAGAGGAGAUCACGGGGGUGUUCAACCGGAAUUGUACGAUCACAUACGCUGCAUACAGGAACAUUUUCCCUAUUUGGGCGUUGGGUGAAUACCGCUCACGAGUACUGCAGCAGCCUACGCGAGAUUAACAAAAAACCUCCCUUUUAAUUUCAUAUUAUAUUGUCUACCUUCUCCUAAUGGACCAGUGGUCGGUCAUUGUCUCAUUUAUUGAACCAUUUAAACUUUUGUCAAUGGACGGGGUGCCCCUCUUGGGUCUUUGAAUGUUUUAAUUUCAAAAUAGUAAGUUCGGGUUGACUCAAGUGGUAAGGGUGUCUUGUGAUUUUGGUGAUCCUAAGGUCACGAGUUUGAUUCCUCAUUAAGAAUUUAUCCCAGUGAA